GGGAUAUACCUGUAGUGCAUGAGUUUGUUGUUCUCAACAUUUACUCGUUGUACUAUUACUUCUCCUCAUAGAGCACUCUCAUACGUCUGCUUUACGACCAUAUCCCUUUGCACUUCACGACACUUCUCCAGCACAUCACCUGUAUAUAAGAAGAUGCCUCCGAAGAAAGCCGUCGUGGAGAAGAAGGCACUGCUUGGUCGACCAUCCAACAACCUUAAGAUCGGUAUCGUCGGCCUACCUAACGUCGGCAAAUCUUCGUUCUUCAACGCACUGUCCGACACCCACCUAGCGAACGCGGCCAACUUCCCUUAUGCGACGAUCAACCCCGAAGAGGCCCGGAUCCCCGUCCCCGACGCACGCUUUGACUGGCUCUGUGACCUGUACAAGCCCGCCUCAAAAGUACCUGCCUUCCUAACCUGCAUCGAUAUUGCCGGUCUGACAGCGGGCGCCUCCACCGGUGCAGGACUUGGCAACGCUUUCCUGAGUCACGUCCGGGCUGUGGAUGGGAUCUUCCAAGUCGUCCGGGCGUUCGACGAUGCCGAGGUCAUCCAUGUGGAGGGUGAUGUCAACCCGCUCCGGGAUAUGGACAUCAUUAGUAACGAGCUGAGGCUGAAGGAUAUGGAGUGGGUCGAGAAGAAGCUCGAUGAUCUCAAGAAGACGGGGCGUUCGUUAGGGCCCAACAGCGUGGAAGGAAAGAAGAGGCAGGAAGAGAUCAACUGCGUGGAGAAAAUCUUCGCCCUGUUACAGGAUAACAAGGAUGUGAGGAAAGGUGAAUGGGGGAACAAGGAGAUCGACAUCGUCAACUCCCUUCAGCUACUAACAGCCAAGCCCGUGACCUACCUCGUCAACCUCUCGGAAAAGGACUACGUGCGGAAGAAGAACAAGUGGUUACCCAAGAUCAAAGGCUGGAUCGAUGAGCACAACCCUGGUGAUCCCCUGAUCCCCUUUUCCGUCGCGUUGGAAGAGCGAUUGGCGGCCAUGGACGCUGAGGAGAAGAAAGAGGAAGAGAAGACUAUCGGUGCAACUAGCGCGUUGCCGAAGAUUACCACGGCGGGGUAUGCCAGCUUGCAUCUUAUCCGCUACUUCACUUGCGGGCCUGACGAAGUGCGAGCUUGGACGAUCCGGGAGGGGACGAAAGCCCCCCAAGCAGCAGGAGUCAUUCACUCAGACUUCGAGAACAAGUUCGUCUGCGGAGAGAUCAUGACAUAUGAGGAUCUGAAAGAGUAUGGGAGUGAGUCGGCCGUCAAGGCAGCAGGGAAGUACAGGCAGCAGGGCAAGCCAUACGAGAUGCUGGACGGGGAUAUCGCAUACUGGAAAGCGGGUCAAUGAGCGUGUGAGCCACUUCUACACCUUGGUUUGGCGUUUUCCUGUUUGCUGGUUCACUGGACGCUGCAUGUACGACUGUCGAUGUGUGUUGUUGAAGAUGAAUGGAAU